AUGGCGCCCGAUUGGGCAUGGUCCCAUGUUACCAAGCUCACUCCUUAUGCUUCCAGCAAAGGAGCUGGGCGUUGGAAAUGUAAUUAUUGUGGUAAAAUGUAUGGCGGUCCGCCGAAACGCAUCAAGGCGCAUCUUGCUAAAGUUUCUGGGCAUGAUAUUGAAGCAUGUAGUGCUUCAAACGUUCCUCUUCAUAUUCAGAACCAAGCUCACCGAAUAGCUGGUACACAAAGUGCUAGUCAAUCUCAGCCUAUGAGUGCUUCUAUAGGCCAUGAGGGAUCAUCUGUUGGUCGAAAGCGAAUGCGAGAUGGCAAUAUUGAGGAAAUGCUUGAUGAUGCAAGAAACAUGAACUUAGAUGAUGCGAUAUCAAAGUUCAUUUUCUUGAAUGCUAUACCAUUUAAUGUUGUGAAAAGCCUAUAUUUUCAUGCGAUGAUCGCAGCCGCUUGUAGUGCUGGACCUAGUGCUGCAUUGAGGAUUCUUGGUUACAAGAAGCUUCGUACUACUCAGCUCACUCGUCACUAUACUUUAAUCAAGGAGAAGUUAGCUCUCUUUCGUGAUGGAUGGGCUCGGUUUGGAUGUACAAUAGUGACUGAUGGAUGGUCUGAUAUAAAGAGUAGAUCAUUCAUAAAUUUCAUGGUUACCUCUAUCCAUGGCUCAAUAUUUUGGCAGGGUAUUGACACCAAAGGAGAAGAGAAGACUGGUCUUUGGCUUUGGGAGCAACUUAGACCCAUCAUUUUGGUUGAAAAUGUUGUUCAAGUCAUCAUUGAUAAUGCUUCGAAUUGUGUAUCGAUGGGGGAACAUAUGAGAGAAGAAUUCCCCUUUAUCUUACACAAUCAAUGCGUGUGCCAUGUUUUGGACUUAUUAUUGGAGGAUAUUGGGAAGUUUGAUUGGGUGUCUAAGAUCGUAAAUGACUGUGAGAAGAUCGUGAAGUUCAUAACUGAGAAGCCGAUGUUACUUGCUUUAUUUCGAAAGUUCUGCUCUAGAGAACUCAUGAAGCCUGCGAAGACUCGAUUCGCUUACAUCUUUCUUAUGGUCAGCCAGCUCCAGCAUGAAGAUGUUUUCCCGUGCCUUUGA